CACAUCUAAGACGAUCGUCCUCGACGCUGCAAUCCGUCUCUACCGUAGUCGCUGUUGUGAACUGUGUUGAUAAUAUUUCUCAACUAUCUCUAGCUCGUGCACGACAAGUUCAAAACUCCUUCACCCAAACAGUAUUACUAUCUACAUCAUUCAAGAUGGCAUAUCAGUCUCAACAUCCAAUGCAGCCUAUGCAGCCUAUGCCAUUCCACCAAGAAAACGGCGGCGAGUGGAAAAGCAGCCUCUGUGACUGCACGCCAUGUUCUUCUUGCAUGGUCUCCUUCUGUUGUCCAUGUUUUCUCGUCGGCAAAACGGCUGACCGCCUUCGUCACCCAUCAGCAACGCCCUCGAGUACGAACAGUGACUGCGCUAUCCACGGUGCCCUCUGCUUUUUCACCGGUUUUCAUUGGGUCUAUACCAUGCUGAAGCGCACCGAGAUUCGCGAGCGCUUCGGCAUUCCUGGUAGCGCUUGCGGAGACUGCUGCACGUCAUUCUGGUGUCAUUGCUGCGCUGUCAUUCAACAAGAUAACGAGGUCAAAUCGCGCCUGCACGCUGGCGGCCCCAUCCAGCAACAAUACCAACAACAACAGGGUAUGUUGAUGCCUCAAGGUCCGCCGCAGUCAUAUAUUCCGCCGCAAAAGGAGGGUUACACAUAUGGGAGAUAGAAGGUAGCAUUGAUAUUGGAGUUUGAUUAUAAUUUCUUUUAGCUCGAGAAAUUUCGAGGUGAC